GCAGUCUGACAGGAACGGGACAGAGCCAAGAUGGCGGCCGCCGACGGCGACGACUCGCUCUACCCUAUUGCGGUGCUCAUAGAUGAGCUCCGCAACGAGGAUGUUCAGCUUCGCCUCAACAGCAUCAAGAAGCUGUCCACCAUCGCCUUGGCCCUUGGCGUCGAGAGGACCCGCAGUGAGCUCCUGCCCUUCCUGACAGACACCAUCUACGAUGAGGAUGAGGUCCUCUUGGCCCUGGCGGAGCAGCUGGGAACCUUCACCACGCUGGUGGGAGGCCCAGAGUUCGUGCACUGCCUGCUGCCGCCCCUGGAGUCGCUGGCCACGGUGGAGGAGACGGUGGUACGGGACAAGGCGGUGGAGUCCCUGCGGGCCAUCUCGCACGAGCACUCUCCUGCAGACCUGGAAGCCCAUUUCGUGCCACUGGUGAAGCGGCUGGCAGGCGGUGACUGGUUCACCUCCCGCACCUCGGCCUGCGGCCUCUUUUCUGUCUGCUACCCCCGGGUGUCCAGUGCAGUCAAGGCAGAGCUCCGACAGUACUUCCGGAACCUGUGCUCAGACGACACCCCCAUGGUGCGGCGGGCCGCAGCCUCCAAGCUGGGAGAGUUUGCCAAGGUGUUGGAGCUGGACAACGUCAAGAGCGAGAUCAUUCCCAUGUUCUCCAACCUGGCUUCUGAUGAGCAGGACUCUGUGCGGCUGCUGGCGGUGGAGGCCUGUGUGAACAUCGCCCAGCUCCUGCCCCAGGAGGACCUGGAGGCGCUGGUGAUGCCCACCCUGCGCCAGGCUGCUGAGGACAAGUCCUGGCGAGUCCGGUACAUGGUGGCCGACAAGUUCACAGAGCUCCAAAAAGCAGUGGGGCCUGAGAUCACCAAGACAGAUCUGGUCCCCGCCUUCCAGAACCUGAUGAAGGACGUCAUCAUGGGCCUCUCGCCCAUCCUGGGCAAGGACAACACCAUCGAGCACCUCCUGCCCCUCUUCCUGGCGCAGCUGAAGGAUGAGUGCCCCGAGGUGCGGCUGAACAUCAUCUCCAACCUGGACUGCGUCAACGAGGUCAUCGGCAUCCGGCAGCUGUCCCAGUCGCUGCUCCCCGCCAUCGUCGAGCUGGCCGAGGACGCCAAGUGGCGGGUGCGGCUGGCCAUCAUUGAGUACAUGCCCCUGCUGGCGGGACAGCUGGGGGUAGAGUUCUUCGAUGAGAAGCUCAACUCCUUGUGCAUGGCCUGGCUGGUGGACCACGUCUACGCCAUCCGCGAGGCGGCUACCAGCAACCUGAAGAAGCUGGUUGAGAAGUUUGGGAAGGAAUGGGCCCACGCCACCAUCAUCCCCAAGGUCUUGGCCAUGUCUGGGGACCCAAACUACCUGCACCGCAUGACCACGCUCUUCUGCAUCAACGUCUUGUCUGAGGUCUGUGGACAGGAUAUCACCACCAAGCACAUGCUGCCCACCGUCCUGCGAAUGGCUGGAGACCCGGUUGCCAAUGUCCGCUUCAACGUGGCCAAGUCCCUACAGAAGAUAGGCCCCAUCCUGGACAACAGCACGCUGCAGAGUGAGGUCAAGCCCGUCCUAGAGAAGCUGACCCAAGACCAGGAUGUGGACGUCAAGUACUUUGCUCAGGAGGCUCUGACUGUUCUGUCUCUGGCCUGAAGCUGAAUGAAGAGCCCACACUGGCCUUGGGUGUCUGCCUACCCGUGCCCCUCCCUCGGGGAGGCAGUCGGGGGCCGUUGGCUGCCGCUCCCCGUGCAUGGUCUGACCCCAGGCCCCUUCCCCCAGCACGACUCGUCCCCUCCCCAGCCCGGGACGACUCCCAGGGGGGCUGGGUGAACACGAGGCAGGACAGGUGAGACCCUGGGAGGCAAGGCCCCGCCCAGCCAGGGAGAGACUCAAGCUUCCCAGGUCCCUGGCUCUUGCUGCUGCACCAAGGACCCUCUCCUGUCAACUUCUCCACCUCCCUCCCCUCCGUGAUUUUUGUGUGUCAAUUGCGUUGUUUUUAUUUUAUUCUCCCCCUCCCUCCCUCCCCCUUUUCACAGACAAAUAAAGGUCUAGAAAUAGCC